AUGGCCUGCUUGGUAACCUGCUACAUAGGUAUUCCUUUGCCCACCAAGAUUUUUGUGAAGCCUGAUAGGACAUUUGAAAUCAAGAUCGGACAACCCACUGUUUCCUACUUCCUGAAAGCAGCUGCUGGGAUUGAGAAGGGGGCCCGGCAAACAGGGAAGGAGGUGGCUGGCCUGGUGACCUUGAAGCAUGUGUAUGAGAUCGCCCAAGUUAAAGCUCAGGAUGAGGCCUUCGCCCUGCAGGAUGUGCCCCUGUCCUCUGUGGUUUGCUCCAUCAUUGGCUCUGCCCGUUCCCUGGGCGUUCGUGUGGUGAAGGACCUCAGUUCAGAAGAGCCAGCAGCUUUCCAGAAGGAGCGAGCCGCAUUCCUGGCUGCCCAGAAAGAGGCAGAUUUGGCAGCCCAGGCAGAAGCUGCCAAGAAGUGACCCUGUCCCUCACACUCCAGGGUUUUGAAGGGAAUAGCUGGAAUGGAGGCCAGUUGGAAAAGCUGUACCAAAAGGGUGGGAGGGAGGUGACACCAAGCUGAUUGUUAUA